CAUGCUGGGAAAACCUCCUACCCAGCCUUUGCCCUGAGUCCAGGGUCUGCACCCUAACUUCAAAGUCACUGAGAGCAACUGGAAGCCACAUACCACAGACUCUUGCCUUCUAGGUACUGAGGGCCAUAAUCCCUAACUCCAAUCACUGGCAACUGCUGACAUCAAAAGGAAAGCACGGUCAGUGUGGGAGUUUGGGGAGGGUCAUCCCACACCAGAUUCUGUGGCCUGCAGAUGACACGCUGCCUGAGAGAAGCAGGGAUCUGUGACAGCCACCUGAACACCUGAAGCCAUGGCCAGUGGGAAAGAUGAGCCAAAGAACUGUGCGGUGUGUGGAGACCGAGCCACAGGCUAUCACUUCCAUGCCCUGACUUGUGAGGGUUGCAAAGGUUUCUUCAGACGAACAGUCAGGAAAAGCACUGGCCUUAUCUGUCCCUUUGCUGGAAGCUGUGAGGUCAGCAAGGCCCAGAGGCGCCACUGCCCAGCCUGCAGGUUGCAGAAGUGCCUAGAUGCUGGCAUGAGGAAAGACAUGAUAUUGUCAGCAGAAGCCCUGGCGUUGCGGCGAGUGAAGCAGGCCCAGCGGCGGGCACAGCAGGCACCUAUGCAGCUGAGUAAGGAGCAGGAAGAGUUGAUCCGGACACUCCUAGGGGCCCACACUCGCCACAUGGGCACCAUGUUUGAACAUUUUGUGCACUUAAGGCCUCCGGCUUAUCUAUUCCUCCAUCACCAGCCCUCACCCACCCCGGCACCGGUGCUGCCUCUGCUCGUGCACUUUGCAGACAUCCACACUUACAUGGCACAGCAAAUCAUCAAGUUCAGCAAGGACCUGCCCCUCUUCCGGUCCCUGCCCAUGGAGGACCAGAUCUCCCUUCUCAAGGGAGCAGCUGUGGAAAUCUGUCACAUCGCACUCAAUUCCACCUUCUGUCUCCAAACACAAAACUUCCUCUGCGGGCCUCUUCGCUACACAAUGGAAGAUGGAACCCACGUGGGGUUCCAGGUAGAGUUUUUGGAGUUGAUCUUUCGCUUCCAUGGGUCACUGCGACAACUGCAGCUUCGGGAGCCUGAGUAUGUGCUCUUGACUGCCAUGGCCCUCUUCUCUCCCGACCGGCCUGGAGUUACCCAGAGAGAGGAGAUUGAUCAGCUGCAGGAGGAGGUGGCACUGACUCUGCAUUGCUACAUCAAGGGCCAGCAGCCAAAACCCCGGAAUAGGUUUCUAUAUGCGAAGCUGCUAGGCCUGUUAGUUGAGCUUCGGAGCAUUAACGACAGAUACAGGUACCAAAUCCAGCGCAUCCAGGGAUUGCUUGCCAUGAUGCCCCUGAUCCAGGAGAUCUGCAGCUGAGGCCCAGGCUCCCUCCCUUCCCCAGCUCACCUGGUGCACACUGGACCGGAAAGAGAAAAAUGCUGUGACCAGAGAUUGGGCCCAGGAGAAAGGGAGCCCAGUGGUUGCAAUGAAAGUCUAAAGCAAUAA